CGUUGUCACGCUUGGCGCCUCGAAGCGCGGGCUACUCUGCCGGGACCGGUCAAUCCGAAGGAGGAGGGAGGGUCUCGGCAGCCCGACCCGUCGUGGGAAUCGCUCAAUCCCAGAGUGAGGGAGGGAGCUCCGAGGAAGCUCUGGAGAUGGAGGAAUUGGAGGCAACGAGGUGCUGAAGAUCGAGGAUGCUGAAAUCGUCCGAGGCCGAUUGAGGCGUAGGAUGGCCAAGAAAUGUUGACUUUCGGCACUGGAACGUGGGAUGUGGACUUUUCGGACUAAUCGCUCAGGGAUUGUGAGAUUUCAGCACCUCGGAAAAUGAAAUCUGCGUCAGUUUUGGAUUAAAGCGCUGGCCUGUGGAACUUUUGAAUUUUGGCAAUUGUAUGAUUCUUUUAGAUGGUUUCAGUCGGUCUUGGUUGAGGCUAAGGAACAGCUGGAAAAUUGGGAGCUGCGACAGUGUGGAAACAUGAAUCACAGAGUCGAGGAAGCGCAUCCAAUUCAGCCUCUGGUCUUUUCACAGUAUGUUCCGUAUAUAUUUGGCAAAAGUUUAAGGCUCUUGACUUCCUCGGUGCGAUGCAUGCCUUGAUUACUCUUGAUUCCUCUAGAAGAUUGUGCUACAAGCAUCACAGUAAUGUCGUAGAUUGACAACAACGUGUGCAACACAUUUUGCUCCUUUCGGCCGUAUGUGCAAAUUGGAUGUGCAAGCACGUAGUGUAGAACAGAGUUGCUUGAUGGACCCCUCUCGGAAUGAUACGUUCACCAGAAGAAGUCAGAAAGAGACCUCAUUACGCUCUGGGAAGAGCAGUCUUUUAUGAUGUUGGGAAGGAUCGAGACGAAGUUGUUGGAUUCAAGAGCAUUGUACAUCACGUUGUUGAGAACCCGGCAUAUUCGUGGUCAGCAUCCUCGUCAAUGUAGGGUUCCUCCGGAGUACAAUGGUGCGAAUUCGCGAUUAUGAUGGACAUAAUUCUUGAAGCACAGACAAUUUCAUGUAUCGAUGUAGGACGCAGAGGAAAGCUUCAGUAUUAGUGGUUUAUGGUCUUCACUUUCUUUGAGAUUUUAAAGCUGCAGCAGUGCUCACAUUCAGGAUCAUCACGGCGCAUGGCUUGAACGAAGUGGUGGAAGUAGUGAAUUGUUGUAAUCAGCAGACAAAAAGAUGGCAGGGUCAGGAGCCGGAGGGAUGAUUGCCGGACCUGGCUCCAAGGAUAAUGGAGGGUCUGCACAUUGCAGUGCCCAUGGCCUCUUGGCGUAUGGCGCCGGUAGCUGCGUAGUAGUCGUAGAUGUUCGUUCGAUGCAGCUUGUGGUAGUCUUGCCAAUGCCUUCAGCUCGAACCAGUCCUAUGCUACCAGCUCCUUUCGUUACAGCCCUGCAGUGGAUUCCAGAAUGCAUGUCUCGGGACCUGACACAGGAAGCAUCGACGUCUCAUUUACGUUUAGCAGUCGGAGACAGGCAAGGCAGAGUGGCCAUAUGGGAUACAGCUAUGAAAGAUAUCGUAAUUUGGUUGAAUCUCGAAUCCGAGAAGGGGAGAUUAGGAAUACAAGACUUAUGCUGGGUGUUUGGACAACCUUGGCUGUUGGCGGUGAUCCAUGGGCCUUCUGUCCUCGUAAUCUGGGACCCCCAGCUGGCACGGCCCAUUUGGAAGUACGAUGCAGGAACAGAGUAUUUGGGAAGCAUCAGAUGUGAUCCUUUUGAUGCACGGCAAGUGUGUGUGGUGGGACUGAAAGGUCUUAUUCUCUCAUUAUUGAUACAGGGGGUAUCAGACAAUGAUGUAUCUUCAAAGCAGCACAGUGUUGUGGUCUCUGAAGAACGGAAUAGUGGCAAUUUGGGAGGCUCCAGUUCUGGUUCUACUUCUGCUGGCGCACCUGCACUCGCAGCAGUACCGGGAGCUAUUGCCAAGGCCAUGUUUUCUCCAAGGACUCGGGGGUUGUUGUACUUGGUCUUUGCAAGGGAGAUUAUAGUGUUUGAUUUGAACUUUGGAAUGACAUUGGGGACAACUCCAAUGGGCAGGGGAGUUGGCAAGAUAUUAGAUGUGCUGGCAGUGGCAGACCACGACAUUCUGUAUUGUGCACAUCAAGAUGGGAAGAUUAGUGGUUGGAUCAAGCCAGAGAAUAGGCAGGCGUUUUCUAUGUCCUUCACAGAAACUUUGAUACCUCCUAUGGGUUCGCCAGUGCCUGCCCCUACCGUGCUAGCAGUCAUUCACUGCCCACUUCAGGUGCAGGUGCAAAACAUUGAGAUAGAAGAAGAAUCUACGCCCAGACUACAGCUCGACUCGCUCCCUUUACCAGGAAGUGCUCCAUCACCUACUGGGUUCAUUGAGAAUCUCAAAGAUGACCUAGGAGGCAGUCAACUGGCGUCAAGUGUAGGCAGUUUGGUGGAAGCUACCUUUGUCUCUAUAACGGAUGACGGAAGGCUUUGGCAGUGGGUUGUGGCUUCAACUUUGAAGCCGGGUCUUGACUUCAGCGGUGACUCUCCACCUGCACCUAAAUUCAAGCUCGAGCUCACCAUGCAGCUUCAACUUCUACCAUCUGCGAUAACGACACUUGCAGUUCCAGUGCCAUCACUUCUAGGCACAGUGACUGGUGGGAGCGGUGCUGGGGCAGUUGCAGUUCCCAUGGUGGCCCUAGCUACCCAGGGGGGAACACUGGAGCUUGUGGACGCUGCAGCCAAUGCUGUCACCUCUUCUUUCGCCGUUCACAACAGUUCCGUAGUGCGAGGUGUACGCUGGUUAGGAAAUACGCGUCUCGUCUCCUUCUCUCACACAGAGGUGAAAGGUAAGGGAGGCGGUUUUGUCAACAAGCUCGUAGUGACCUGUGUGAGGAGCGGUCAGAGUAAAGCAUUCCGUGAGUUGCAGAAGCCAGAACGAGCUCCAAUGAGAGCGUUGAGGACCUCUCCAUCUGGAAGAUAUCUUAUUGUUCUGUUUCGAGAGGCUCCCGCUGAAGUCUGGCUCAUGUCGAAGGUUCCUUCAAUGUUGCGGUCUCUAGCCUUGCCAUUUACUGUCAUGGAAUGGGCACUGCCACCAGCUCCUCGAUCUUCAGCAGCCCACAAAGUUUCGGUGUCGGCUAGGAAGCCAUCUCUUUUUUACAGCACCCCUCCAACUAUUGCUUCCACAGCAGCAUCAAUGAAUGCCGUACCUGCAGGUGCCCAGCCGACAGGGACAGGUCCUACAGAAAGGUCGGCAGGCCCUGCAGAAUCAGAAUCAGGAGAAAGCUUCGCGUUUGCCCUUGUGAAUGGAUCACUGGGAGUAUUUGAGUUAAGGGGAAAAAGGGUUCGAGAUUUCAGGCCAAAGUGGCCUGCCGCGUCCUUUGUUUCGUCUGAUGUCUUGGUAACAGCUAUGGCGUAUCGCAUGCCCCAUGUGGUAAUGGGGGACCGGAUGGGAAAUAUUCGUUGGUGGGACGUUACCUCUGGCCUCUCAUCUCUUUUCAACACACAUCGAGGGGGAGUACGGCGGAUAAAGUUUGCACCAGUGACACUUGGAGAUCCAAGUAGAGGUCGAAUCGCUGUGCUAUUUAAUGAUCAUACGUUUGCGGUGUAUGACCUUGACACCCAAGACCCGUUGGCAAAUGCUCUAGUGCACCCGCAACUUGGAGGAAUUUUGGUUUUGGAGCUCGAUUGGUUUCCUUUGCGGGCCGAUAAGCACGAACCCUUACUCUUGUGCAUCGCUGGAGCUGAUGGCAGUUUCCGCCUUCUCGAAAUCUACAGUACAGCGAAACCUGCUCAAGGCGCAAUCGUCAGGCCUUCUGUCUGGCAACGUUGCCGGCCUAUGCCCCUGUCCUCUCCGGCUCUUCUUCCACCUCCACACGCUAUGGCCUUCCGCAUGCUUCUUCAGUUAGGUAUCAAAUCAUCAUGGUUCUAUGUGACACCAUCUACCGGUGUCGAGAUUCAUCUUGGUACUAGGGGCGGUGACCUUCGACAUUUUCUUCUGGAAUCGUCAUUGCCAGACAUCGGCGAGACGGUCGCUGCGGAGGUAUUGCUGAAGUCUCUGGAGACAUAUCGCAGAGCUGGUCGGUUGCUGGACAGGGAAAGAGUGGCAGCGUAUGAAGCUAUAUCGAGUCAAGGGGUUGCUGCCCGAGCUGCAUUCACGGCCGCUCACUUUGGAGAGUAUGCAGAAGCAGUAUUCUGGCUUCAGUUACCUCGAGCGCUGGCUUUGUUGAGUAUCGGUUCUGCGGGAAAGAAUGCAUUCUGGAAAUCUGCUAAUGCUCUUCCAGUAAGGCAGCAAGUGCAGGUUGCUCCAAGCGAGGAGGAGGAGGAUGAAGACUCUUUGCAAUCUAUUUUGAAGCCCGAAGUAUCAAGAGAUUCAGCUAGUAACGAACAAAAUCAAUCCUCACCAGAACCUUCUCUGUCUAUGAUUAAACUGCCCUUCAGGUCCGUGGAUGUCGUUCCCUGUGAGCAAAGUGCUGUUACCGCCGCUGCUCAGGAGCGCAUCACUUGGCAUGAAAAGCUUACAGGGCCAAUAGCCACUCAGAAGAGAGUGCAUGAAUAUGUUUCUGUCGGUGAUUUUGAAUCAGCCGUCACCUUGCUGUUAUCGACACCUCUAGGGGAUGAGAACUUCUAUCUCGAUGCUCUUCGGGCUGUAUCCCUUGCUUCUGCAGUUUCCCCUGCACUACACGAACUUGCUGUGAAGGUCGUUGCAGCGAACAUGGUGGGCAGGGAUGAUUCAUUGGCCGGGACACAUCUGCUGUGUGCCGUCGGACGAUACCAGGAGGCCUGCUCACAGCUUCAAGAUGCGGGUCGCUGGGUAGAUGCGAGCACCCUCGCCGCUGCUCACCUCAAAGGGACCGAUCAUGCUCGGGUUCUGGAAAGAUGGGCCGAGCACGUGCUCGCUGAUGAGCAUAAUUUAUGGAGGGCCAUGAUCCUCUAUGUUGCUGCCGGUGCACUGUCGGAGGCGCUGGCUGCUCUGCGAAACGCUCAGCUUCCAGACUCGUCGGCCUUGUUUCUGCUGGCCUGCCACGAAGCCAAGAAAUAUGCGAUGGCAGACCGCCUCAAGGCCCAAAUGGAACCACAGGAAACGCCGGAGCAGAUGGACGCAGCGCAUUCCAAUGUGCUGGACCUUCCCGGAGAUCUGAACAAGCAUACGGACGGCGUGGUGGCUGUGUGUGAGUACUUCGGGCAAUAUCAGCGAAUGCUAGCUCACACAGUGACCAGUAUAUCACCCGUCAUCGAUUAAGUUAGUGCUCUGCGGGUAAUGUCUUGAGAUCAGUCACACUUCCACGUUAGAGUGUCGUCACCGAGUGGCGGGGCGGGCCAAGCUUGAUGAAGCGCAGUCCAUUUUGCUGUGCAACGGUUUCGUAGACGAGGGAGAAUUCACUCCCAGGGGUAGAGAGUCGCGCACAAGGCGCGUUGAAAGGUAGAAAUCCAUUUGUUUCUCUAUAUGCAUGAUGAAGAUGAAGAUGACGGUAUGCGCUGUAUGCUAGAGUAGAUGACAAAUAUUGGGAC